AUGGCAGCUGUUCAAUCAAGAUUACCGGCACCAUCACAUAAAAUAGUUGGGAAAAAUACUAUCAAACCAACCGAAAAUCUUCCAUCGAGUGCACCUGCGUUAAAAACGAAAUCAUCUCCAAUUACCGUUCCUACAAAGAAACCUAAUUUUGCUCACGUUAAACCACGGAUUGGUUCAUUGGAUAAUGUUACUCAUAAACCGAAAGGUGGUGAUAAAAAGAUUUAUUCCGAAAGAUCAAACUUUUCUAAUGUAAAAUCACGUAUUGGUUCAUUGGAGAAUGUCAAUCAUACACCGAAAGGAGGAGAUUUGAAGAUAGUUUCCGUGAAGUCGGAUUUUUCAAAGGUGAAGUCACGUGUUGGAUCAUUAGACAACAUCAAUCACUUACCAAAAGUUCAAUCACUGAUUAAUGUUAAUAAUGUACCACAAGGUGGUAAUGUUAAAUUGAUUUCCAAUAAACCGAAUUUUAAGCAAGUACAUUCUCGUGUCGGUUCCUUUGAUAACAUUGAUCAUACUCCAAAAGGUGGUGAUAAAAUUAUCUUUAAUGAUAAAUUAAACUUUACCAACGUAAAAUCUCGUGUCGGUUCUUUGGAUAAUAUUCAACAUCUUCCAAAAGGUGGUGAUGUUAAAAUAUUUGACGAAAAAUUAAAAUUUAGAGAAUUAGCCAAUCCAAAAAUAAUUAGUCGUUCUUCCACCAAUUCUAGCGGUGAUUCUUCGAUUAUCGCUGAUGAUGAUCGAUCAAGUCUUGUUAAUAGUCCCAUAUCUUCUCUCGCUUUGGAUGAUGUUCCUGAAGAGGUUGAUGAUCCUCCAUCACAUGAAGAAUAUCAGACAUUAUAUCUUACACCUCAUACACCUCAUACGCCUGUUAUUGAAGUUAUGUCCCCAAUUAUGGAACGUUUCGAAGAAGAAGGAAUACAUGAAGAUUUAUCUCAUAUCACCGAAAUUAGAUUUCGUGAACCUUUUCAGGAAUCAAACAAAUACACCGAAUUUUCUUCCGAAACUAAUUUCGUUGAUAAUGGUCAAUACUUUUCUGGAAAAGAAACACAUUAUCAACAUGGAAUCGUUUAUGAAGAAGAUUUUGAUGAAGAAGCUCAUUCUAAUUUUCAAAGAGAUACUACUUCAAUAAGAGGAUCCACUAUAUUUGUUAGUGAGAAUCCUUUAAAUGAUACUGAUUUAUCUUUUGAAGUUAAUGUUCAAAGAAAAUCAUUUUUAUUAUCUGAAGCUAAUAGAAUUUCUAUUAUUGAAAAUAUAAAUCCUGCUCCAUCAAAAGAACUGAUUCAUGCAGUUGAAAUUCCUCCCAAAGAUGAAAAUGAUUGUCAUAAUCUUGAAUUAACUUUAGCUCAACAGCAUUUCCGUGCAGGAAACUAUGAAUCAAAGACUCAAGGUACUGUUACCUUUAGGCAAGCUGACAAACCAAAGCGUCCACAAAUUCACAAUAAAAUACCUGUGUAUUUUACUAUGCCAAAAAAGCUCAACGGUCAAUGUGAACUUACAAUGAAAUAUCACGCAUUCUUUUUCGUAACCUAUUAUAGUUCGAAGUUGCUUUAUCAAUAA